AUGGAACCUUCGACAAUAGAACUGCUCAAGACACACGUAACACCCUUCAAAUCAAUAUCUCAAGAUUCCGGUACAAUCACGAACUACUUUGACAGUUUUGGCGACUGUAGAGUCUUACUCAUAGGUGAUGCUUCUCAUGGCACAUCUGAAUUUCACUGUGUUCGUGCCGAAAUCACGAAGUACAUGAUCGAGAAACACGGCUUCAACAUCGUUGCAGUUGAAGCAGAUUGGCCUGAUGCCGAGCGUGUAGACAGAUAUGUCAGACACCGCCCGGGUCCAGGUCAAGGCUCGGUGGAAACAACGCAGAUGUCAGAGAAAGAAAAGAGAGAGUCACCAUUCUUACGUUUCCCAACGUGGAUGUGGCGCAAUGUGGAAGUUUGCAAUUUCGUCGAAUGGAUGCGGUCUUACAACUCUGGUCGCGAAGCCACAGAAGCCACUGGGUUUUAUGGGCUCGAUCUCUACUCAAUGGGGACGUCAAUGAAAGCAGUCAUCGAUUAUCUGAACACUGUCGAUAAAGACAUGGCAAAAGUUGCGAGGGGGAGGUACAUCAAUCUGAUGGACUGGGUAGACCAUCCCCAUGAAUAUGGUUUAGAGUCGUUGGCGAUGUCUUUCAAGGGAUAUGAGGACGACGUUGUUGCGAUGCUCAGUGAUCUCUUGAAUAAACGAAUUGAAUACUCUGCAGCCCUUGACGGCGGUGUCGAGUUCCACAACGGAGAGCAGAAUGCCAGAGUUGUGAAAGAUGCCGAACAGUACUACAAGACCAUGUACCGAGGACAAGAUAAAUCUUGGAAUCUCCGAGAUACGCACAUGUUUGAGACUCUCAAGAGAGUCCUUGAGCAUCGAGGUGAAGGCUCAAAGGCCAUCGUCUGGGCGCACAACAGCCAUAUAGGUGAUGCCCGCGCCACAAGUAUGAGCUGGGCUAGUCACGAGCUCAAUAUUGGAGAGCUUUGCAAGAGGGAAUUUGGAGACGACGCUCUUAGCAUCGGUACAGGCACAAACACCGGCACUGUUGCUGCAGCUCAGAAUUGGGAGAGCGACAUGAACAUCAUGAAAGUCCAACCAGGGCUCCCGGGCAGUUAUGAAGAGCUGAUGCAUGCAGCAGGUAUCAGUAACUUUGUCCUGGAUCUGCGGAAAGGGAAAUGUGAUGAGAAACUACGAGAGGUUUUGCGUAGGGAACGACUGGAGAGAUCUAUCGGUGUGAUAUAUAAACCAGAGACGGAGAAGGCCUCACAUUACUCAUAUGCCAUUUUGCCGGACCAGUUUGAUGGAUACAUCUGGUUCGACGAGUCGAAACAUGUUGGAACAUUCGAGAUUCAUCAACCUCGAUCAUCACUAGAGUACCAUGAAACUUGGCCAUUUGGGUUAUAG